AUGUGGACACAAAUAUCCGUGCUCAUAUUGCUUUUUGCCGCAACGCCGAAAGCAUUCACCGUUCUACCUUAUGUGCAAAUCGAUUUCGUCCACUACUUCAGAUUGGCACAGUGCGAUGCGAAAUGUGCUGAAAAGUAUGGCAAGCUAGUGAAGCGGCGCUUAAACGAUGGGACAUUUAUCGAAUAUUAUGGUAGCGAUGGUCAAGAAUAUAGACUUUGUACUGCUGGCUGUAAUCGCCGGCGGACAGUUUCAAGAAGAGAUUACAAUGGUACCGGAAAUGCGCUAAGCAAUGGCAUCCAAUUCUGGAUGGAUACUAAUGCCUAUGCUGGUCGUACAGAGAAUUCACCGAUUCGUAGUGUUCGUGUUGGCUGUAUGGAUUUGGGAUCGGUGGAGCAUGACGAUUAUGAAGAUACCAUUGAAGGGCUCAUUUUUGUGGAUCUUGACGAGCAACACCGCCAUCCAACUCGCUACAUUGUACAAUGGAAGCAACGUACCUAUGAUGGUAGCCCAACGGAAGAAAAUGGAUGGAUCACUGCUUCGAUUGAGUCGAAACCUACCUUCAAGGUUGAAGGUAUGGUGCCAUCCAUGCAGUACCGAUUCAUGGUAACCGCUGUUGGCCCGAGUGGACGAUUUGGCGGUCCGGUGAUGAGCGACUGGGCACAGUCGUUGCCGGCGGAAGAAGAGCUUAACGCACCAGUUGGCCCACUGCUUGUCAGUACGCAGUACAACACUGAUAACGGGGUGUGCGCACUUGUGAAGUGGUAUCAUUCACCGUACCAGCGCGAACCAUCGCCAUACGAUCAUGGAAACGGCAUAAUGCUAUCGAAUUUGCAAUUUUCAACUGAAUACACUGUUUCGCUUCGUUCUGAGCCAUCGAUGCAAGUGUCACCAUCCGACGCAGAGUUGUCAAAUGCGUCAGCGACUGCUCUGGAGCGUAAAUUCAUGACACCAGCUUGCAAUGAAAUAUUCGGUGCCGGGAGUCUUGAGUGUGCACCAGAACCAGUGAAGAAUCUAGAAGCACUGGUGGAGCCGAACGGAACAGCCAGGAUCCAAUGGGUGCCAUCAAGUGAGCCGAACACAAUCCUUGUUUAUCAGUUAAUCCACGAGCCAGUGACGGAACAUCGCGACUGCGGGCAGGGCGCAUCCAGUACCUAUGUCAACGCGGCAGCAGUAACAGCAACAAUACAGCUGUUUGGCCGAAAACACUGUGAAUAUUCAAUCAAAUUGAUAAAUUAUGAUUUGAUCGGACGGGAGGCCAGUGCAGAAAUACUGGUUUGGUAUAGGCCAAAUGUGUCGAUAGUAAAUUCUAAUAUUUUGUUAUAUACAGUGCCAUUGUCAGCACUUAUUCUAGCAAUCAUUGUAUUGAAAUGUUGUACAUGUUUGUGUUGUUCUAGGAGUAAUAAGAAUAUUAAGCCGUUGCUUAGUUCUAAUCAAAGAGAUACUGUCACACUUGUAUGA